AUGAGUUCCCAACAGCAGAAGCAGCCCUGCACCCCUCCUCCCCCACCUCAGCAGCAACAGGUGAAACAGACUUGCCAGCCUCCACCUCAGGAGCCAUUUGUUCCCAUAACCAAGAAUCCAUGCGACACCAAGUUACCGCAACCUGGGAACACCAAACUUCCUGAACCAAACUACCCUAAACAUCCUGAGCCAGGCCAUCCCAUAAUUCCUGAAUCAGGUCACAUCAAGGUCCCUGAGCCAGCCUACUCUGAGGUCCUUCAGCCUGGCUACACCAAGGUACCAGAGCCAAGUCCCUCAACCAUUAUUCUAGGCCAGAAGACCAAGCAGAACUGA